UUAACGCAUAGAGAUGCACGAUACAACUUGAUAUAGAAUAGUGAAAAAUUAGCAGUAUGAAGAUACAUAAUUAUAUUUUUUGUAUUAUUUUUUGUUAUUUUUGUCGACAAUGUGCAAGUAAAGAUAUUUUCUUCCCUUUUGGCACAGCUGAGGGUGACUCCAGCGUGACUAUCAAUGAUGACGGAAGCUCGGGUAUAAUUUAUCUAUCGACACUUUUUCCCUUUUUUGAUCAUAUUCAUGAAUUUCUUUACGUAAAUACAAAUGGCGUCAUAUCAUUCUUAAGGGAAGUAAGCCAGUAUACUCCAGAUCCGUUCCCCCUUGGUAAUGAUCGACGACUGGUAGCUCCAUUUUGGGCUGAUGUAGACACUAAUAAUGGUGGCAGAGUCUACUACAGAGAAGUUGUGCGUCACAAUAACGAAGGUCUGGCCGACCGAGCUACAAAUAUAGUGCGAGAUACGUUCAUAGACCAAAAUGAUUUUACGGCUACUUGGCUGUUCAUUGCUACAUGGGAUAACGUGUCGUAUUAUGGAUCUAACAACAUAAAUCCUAGAAACGAUUUUCAGGCGAUAUUGGUUACAAAUGGACGUCAUUCAUUUACUUUUUUCCAUUAUGGUGACAUUGAGUGGACAACUGGCGCGGCGAGUGAUGGCAACCCGGACACCGGUCUAGGUGGUACACCAGCACAGGUAGGCUUUAAUGCCGGAGAUGGACGAAACUUCUACUCAGUGCCUGGUUCAAGAAACGCGUCGAUUGUCGAUAUAGAUACUACGACAAACGUAGGUGUAAUCGGACGCUGGGUAUUUCGAAUAGACGAGGAGAACGUGAUUGAAGAUGGUUGCCACAAUGAAGUCAAUACCGGAACGCUUACAGUCUUUCCAUCUACUGGUCUAAUGCUUGGAGGGAAUACUGUCCUCAUCCAAGGUCCGUGUUUUGAUGUCGAAAACAACAUCACCUGUAAGUUUAUUGACCCGGAUACGGGUCCUGAAACUCAAGGUGUUGUUCUUAACACAUUAAAGGCGGAGUGUGUGACGCCCAUUCUUUUCCAGACUGGACGAAUCAGGCUUUACGUGUCAAAUGAUGGCGGGCUAACAUUUGGAUUUGAGGGCGUUUUUACAUUACUCAACAUAGAAGAUGUUGCUGCUCCAGUAACUGUAGAUUAUACAUCUUCACCAUCCAUAUCGGUUACUUGGGAUACCUCAUUUACACCGCACGAAACUGUUAAUAUUGAAUUAUUCAUCUAUGCGGAGGAUUGGACAACUUUACAGGUCACACUCGAUAGAAUGAUGAUAACGGAACAAGUUGAUGGAACUGCUGGUAUAAUCAGAUUUCACGCUGAAGAUGUACCGGUAAGCAGUAACGAUCAUAUCGGAAUUGUAAGAGUUUCAAAGUGGAACAACCAGGACGAUUUGUAUGUACAAAGUAUCUGGAGUGAGGUUAUGGAUCUAGGCUGGUUGCAUGCAGCUCAGAGCCCUUUUGGCGAUUUCAGGGGUGAUACGUGGUGUGAUGAUUGGGGAAAACUAGAGGACAGCCUCGGUAGCUUCCUCGAGGAUAUGCAACAGUGCCCGUGCACCUUGCAACAGGCGUUAGUCGACAUUGGACGGUUUACCCCACACUCAGCGUGCUACCUUCCUAGCAAUUUUCUGUUCGGUUGUGAAACGUUCAAGUACGUUCCUCAAUGCGUUCGAGCAAAUACACCAAGUGAGUCUGGUAGUGGGGUAGAGUGUUGUUACGGACCUGAUGGUGAACUACUUAACAUUCAAGAUCAACUAUAUGCUGGAUUUUUUCAUCGACGCCAUAACCAAGCAUUGACACCACAUGGGAAAAUUGGACAAGUGCCUUACUUGUCCCAUUUUGCAGCCGACAUUUUACCAUUACGAUAUUGCUGUUACUAUUCGUAUCUAGAAUGUGAAAAUUUUAAAGAUAGGCGUCCCUCAGACGAUUGCACAAGCUAUGUGCCACCAGCAAUAGGCGGUGGUAAUGGUGAUCCUCAUAUCCGCACACUAGACGGUACGUCUUAUACAUUUAACGGGCAUGGCGAGUAUACAUUUGUUGAAGCACUCAACGGACAAUUCGUCAUGCAGUGCCGGACAGAACCAAUCACAGGAAGAAAUGCAACUCGGUUUACUGCAAUGGCUGCAGCAUUUGACGGAACAGAUAGUGUUCACAUUGGCCUAAGUGAGCGUAGAGGACUCGAUGCUCGCAUCAAAUCCGAGAGUGGAUGGCAAUUGGUUGACUUUGAACGUACCCAAUACUGGACGUUUAACGGAAUAUCAGUUUAUAAACCAGACGAUGGAGAGGUCAGUAUAAUGGUAAUCUUCGAAGUUGGCAUUGCAUUUACCAUUAAAGAAACUAAUGACGUCAUGUCAAUAAUAUUUUACGGAACUGAAUCGAUGAAAGGAACCACAAGAGGGCUUCUAGGAACCUGGAAUGAUGAUAAAAACGAUGACUUCUUUACACCUAGUGGCAACGUCAUUAGUAUAAACUCUACAUUACAAGAGAUACAUUACAACUUCGGCCAACUAUGGAGCAUUGAUCCACAAGAUGCUCUAUUUUACUAUGAGCCAGGAGAAGCCCACAAUGACUACAGUAAUCCUACGUUUGUGCCACUAUUUGAGAUUCCAAACAACGUUGAUGCCGAUGAAGUCAAACGGGUUUGUGGCGACAACUUCGAGUGUAUGUUUGACUACCAAGCCUCUGGAGAUCCAGAGAUUGCACAGGCUACCCGAACGAACGUCGAGAAUUUGAAUAAUGUCGUGGCAUCUUCUGCACCAGUUGUAGCAUGUCCUUUUGUUCCUGUGCCGAUCAAUGGCACCAAAAAUGGUACUUCAAAUAUAGAAGGUAGUCACCUGAUAUUUACCUGUGACCCUGGAUUUGAUCUUCUCGGAAGUGACGACAUAGUCUGUCAAGCAAAUGGAACUUGGUCGAGCGACGCACCAAUCUGUCAGCAAAUAUUGUGUAGGUUUAUUGAGACACCAGUUAAUGGGAAGACGAAUGGUCAACAACAGACAGUUUGCAGUGUUCUUCAAUUCAGCUGUGACGAAGGGUACGAAGUGCAAGGAUCAGAAGAGAUAAUAUGUCAAGAAAAUGGCGAAUGGUCUGGAGAACCGCCAAUAUGUGAUGAAUCCACUUCCUUACCUCUGAUUAUUGGCCUUUCGGUGCUUGGCGUGUUUAUUGUCAUCAUUUCUAUUGUUCUCAUCUUAUACGGAUGCAGUAAGAAAAAUAAACAAAAGAAAGUCUACGUUCAACCAAUGACGGACCUUCAAGACAGUGGAAAAUGUGCCGUCAGUGAGAACGCAAAUGCAACUACAGAACAAUAAAAAUAAGACUUCAUCAACAUUAGCCUGUAUAGUAUUUUUAAUUUUAUGUAGAUUGUCUAAUUUAUAAUAAUUUCUUCUCAAUAACUUAAACAUUUAGAAAAUGAAUAGAAGAUGCAUAAUUUAGAUGUACAAAUAAUUGACUAAUUAUUAUUUUAAAGUUAUUAACACAUUUAGAAUGCCUAAAACAAUAUUGUUUACAUAGGUGCUUUUUGUUAUCUGCGUAUUUUUGAUGUAGAUAUAAGUUGUUUGUAUCUAAGAAUAACUGGGUCCUUAGGCUUCGUGUAUCUUUUACAAUAAGCUAACGCUAGCAUCUAUCACAUAUAUUUCAAUUACUGAUUUCAAAGAAUGUGAUUUGUAAAGGUAUAGUAAAGCUUAAGAUUAAUCGUCAAAUAAACUUUUUGCUGUUAUUAUUUAUUAUCACACAUUUCCUGAUAACCUUGUUAUUAUUUAUUAUCACACAUUUCCUGAUAACCGAAUCCCAUGUGGAUAAUUUAUUGGUUAACAUAAUACAGUAAGGCAGUAUAGUGCAUAAACACACCCUCCCGCUGGGAGCCUAUUUCACUCAUAUGCUUUUAAAUCACUUUAAAUACAAGUAUCCUAUUCGAUAUUCAACAAGCUGAAAAUAAUGAACAAUGAAGGUCGUAUCUUAAAGAUAUCUGACAGAUUGGCCACUUUGAUAUCAGAGCUAUAUUAAAAUAAUGAGGUCAGACAUUUUAAAAGAAUGAAUAAAACUAAAAGUCUACCUGGAUCACUAAAAUUCCUUCGUGGUCUAGUGGUAUUGACGUUCACCACAUAUGCAAAAGUUUAUCGGUGCGAGUCCUGGGUGGAGCUGCGUUUUUAUUUUACUUUUCUUUUUCUCCUCUGUUACGUUUAUAU